UCAGUUGUACCUCAAAUUAAGGAGGCUCUUGUGUAUGGUGGUCCGGUGGUCAACGAAUCCUCACCGUUCACUUUUUUCUGCUCUGUAAGCAGCUCCACUGCGACAAACAUUUCUAUCAUGAAUCUAAAUACCAGUGAGAUGGUCACCUCUGUCUUCAACAAAUCAUUGCUAAAUCAUACAGAAGAGUCGGCGAGGUGUUCUCACACAGCAUCUUACAUUUGUAUAGCUGAAAAUGCUGUUGGAAAAUCAGAAUCUUCUCCAAUACAAAUAUUCGUUAACUGUGAGCCUAGAUCACGGAAUGGACUAAGCUACUAUGACGUCAUAAUGGAUAUAAAUAGUACAUUGGAUAUAACAGCAGUAUUGGAAGCUUUUCCACGCCCAUCCUUUGCCUGGACUUUCCGUCAUACAAGCACUGGACCCCAAAUCCCUGUAUCAGCUGAUUUCAAAAUGACAGUAACCAACUUAAACGCUAGCACAUUUUUGGUUAGAUUGCAGAGGGAUUUCAUCUCGAGAGAGUUGCUUGGUUAUUAUACAGUCAAAGCAAAGAAUGAAAUGGGAUUUUUCACAACAGUCUUCUAUGUAAAUCAACAAGGUGAACCACAGGCACCAGUGAAUAUAUCCAUAAUCUGUAUGACGCCAGGAUCUGCUUUUGUGAGUUGGAUCCCUGGAUUUGAUGGAGGAAGUGCACAAACAUUUGUUGUAUCAUACGAACAGCAAACCGGGAAACUGUUCAAUACCUCAACGGUCUCAGAAUUCAGUGUAUUCCUUCCAAAUUUGUUAAACAGCGAAACGUACUUGUUUCGAGUUGUUGCUAUGAAUAAACAUGGGGAAUCUUUUUCGGCUGACCAUAAUUGUUACGUGAAAGGUCAACCUGAAGAAAAUUCAGACAGUGGCACGUCGGUCCCUAUCCUAGGGUCGUUGUUUGGAAUUUUCUUCUGUCUAUGUGCAGGACUCCUGACCUAUAUAUUUGUCGACAAAAUUCGCAACAUAUGCAGUGAAACCUGUUCUUGGAAAACUGACCAGAAUGAAGAUUACGUCAUGCAUGACGUUACGAGAGCGGAUGAGCACCACUAUCAGGGCAUCGCCACUGAACAGGAAUCCCACAGGCAGAAAGAGCAAAGCUCACAGUAUUCCGAUGCGGAUAAUAGCGGGAAUAGGGAUGUUUACGACAAAGUUGAAGACAUCAAAACAGGGGAAUAUUCCAAUGUGCUUGGCUGAGUAGCCGAUCCUGUUGUGAACAAUUAUCAACGCCCGAACCUUUUCCUCAUGUUAAUGAAAGGGUUGUUUUUACGAGAAAUGAGAGAGAGAGAGAGAGAGAGAGAGAGAGAGAGAGAGAAAUCUCUCAUAAUGAUCUCCAUACAAGAUCUACAUAACAACUGAAGAAAUAAAAUCAUUCGUCUCAUAAGUGUUGAAAGACAAUCAAAUGAACUAUUUUUUAUCUCGUGAAUUUUCCCAGAUAUGACACGAUGUGAAGCAUGCUGCUAUAUGUAGUUUGUCAGUUUUGAUGCAAAUUACAGAGGAGUAAAGUAUGAAAUAUAAA